CCAGGAGAGAUGGUUGUACGCCCUGAGAGUGCAGCAAACUCACCCUCUGAGCACAGGCCUGUAGGGCAACUGUGUUUCCCACAGACUCUGGCUGCCUUUGGAGUUGGGGAUGCAAAGGGUGAGUUGCGUGGGUCAUUUGGGGUUUCGCUUGGGUUGGAGUCAAAUGCUCUUUUUAAAAAAAUUUUUUUAUUUAUUUGACAGGCAGAGUUACAGGCAGUGAGAGAGAGAGAGAGAAAGGUCUUCCCUCCAUUGGUUCACUCCCCAAAUGGCUGCAAUGGCCGGAGCUGUGCCCAUCUGAAUCCAGGAGCCAGGUGCUUCCUCCUGGUCUCCCAUUCGGGUGCAGGGGCCCAAGCACUUGGGCCAUCUUGCACCACUUUCCCAGGCCACAGCAGAGAGCUAGACUGGAAGAGCAACCGGGACUAGAACCAGCACCCAUAUGGGAUGCCAGCGCCACAGGCGGAGGAUUAACCUGGUGUGCCAUGGCACUGGCCCCACAGUCAAAUGCUCUUUAUCAAGCGAGAACCACUAAAAGCUGAGUUAAGUGCCAGAGUGGCAGGAUGUGGAGUUAGAGCCAUGGGGUGUCCAGGACAAGGGGCCAGGGACAAAGCGAGUGUGAUGCCACCUGUAAGGGCCAUGCAAGAAACGUGAGGAUGGCCCAGCAGCCACCAGCCAGUCCUGGCCCCAUGCCAAGCACUCUAUCUGUUGAGCAAAAAGCACAGAGCUCCCCCAGAGACCCCCUAGCUCCCAAAUCUCCCGUUUCUUACAAUCAGUGAAGCUCCAACUGUCUGCUUCCUUAUCACCCAAAGCCCAUCAUUGCCUUUGAGGUUCACUCUGGGCGUACAUUCUAGGAGUUUCGACAAAAUUGUUUAAUGGCCUGUAUCCACGAUGGUCAUAUGUAUGCAUUCAUUUUUUAAACCUCUCCUUAUGGGAAAUUUGAAGCAUUUCCAAAAGCAGAGAGAAUGGUUCCAAUGUGCUCGUCAUGCACCUUCCAUGGCACUCACCUGUACCCACCACAGCCCCCACAUGCUGAAGCAAAUAACUGAGUUCUCCCAUCAAUAGUUCAGUUAGGCACAGGUUUCCUACAAGUCCUCAAACAACGCUAGCUGUAAGUACUGCCACGAUCCCUCUUACACAGAAUAGUCAAGGUCCUAGAGACCGGAGGAAAGGAGCCAGAAGUCCACAUUCGUAGCUUGCCCCAAAGUGAUGCCACUUCCCAGAACACCCCAAGCCUGGGAGGGGCAUGGACUCCACUGUGCCUCUCAGACCAUGCCUGUGAUGGCCUGACCUUCCUCCCUUGGAUCAUUCAGUUCUCUUGUUCACCCAACAUGCAUUUAUCAGGUGCUUGCAUCGGGCUACACAUUGUGCUGUAUGCUCGGGAUGCAGGAGUGAGCCACUGGCCCAGCCCCAGCCGCUGUGGGGGUGUGCCGGUGCUGAGGGUCGCCACCAUCCCAGAUGAAAGCAGCAAGUGGCUUUAUCCGCAGCUCCGCCCCACCACCCCUGUGCCACACCUACCCUUUUGCAAUUAGGACGUCAUCUUCAGUUACCAGGGCCAGAAUCCAAACUCAAAGUAGCAUAAGCAAAAAGAGGAGGGGUCUUGAUUGUUCCUACCCCAAAGCCUUCAUGUGAUUUCAACUCCAGUAAAUCCGCGUUUGCAUUUGCCAACAUCCUGUCUCACGUGGGGGGCAAUAAUAAUAUGAAGCUACUUCACAAAAUUCAUGGAAAGUGGAAUGACAAGUUUAGGGGUGGGCAUUUGGCACAGCCAUUAAGACCCCUCUUGGGAUACCCACGUCCCAUCCAGCAUUUGCAGGGGCGAGUAGGAGCAGCCGUUAACUUUUGCCUGCCCAACAUCAGGGUUCCGAGCUGAAGCGCAUCUGUGUUGUCCAAGCUGUUGCUAUUAUUGGUUCUAUCUGUUCUUAGUCCACAUGACUUCUCUUUUAUGCCUUCUCUUUGCAUGCCUAGUCUGUGCCUCCCUUACUCAUUCUCUUCUGAGAUAAAUUAUUAACCUCCCAAACAAACUAUGAACAUUAUCUCGCUUUUAAUUUUUUUCCCUUUUUUCUGCAGACAAAGCCAGGGAAUUCUUCAUGUCAGACAUGCCUCCAGCCCACUGUGCCCUUUUAGGGAAGGCUGAUGUCAUUGACUGACUGGCACCCAACAGAUUGGUGGCUUUCAAGUGGCCAGGUCCUUCCAGGUGAAUUUCACUGGACCCUCAGGCAGGCCCAAGAGGAGAGGCAGUUGGAAUAUGCAAAUUCAGAUUUCCUGCAAGGAUACCACAUCUUUUAGGUUUUCCUUCGCUGGCUCUUGCAGCUGACACACCCUUCUCAGUUUUAUCCCAAACUCGGCCCUCUCGCCUGUGCUAGCUGUUAAGUGCUCCUUUUUUUUUUUUUUUUUCUUUUUUUAACCUGAGGCCCGAGGAGGGGAGGAGAGUGGACUGGAGAGAAGUCCUCCCUGUGGGUGGCAGGAACCCAGACAAUUGCCCCAUCAUCGCUGCCUCGCAGUGUCUGCAUUAGUCAGAAGUUGGAGUUAGGCGCUGGCGCCGGCAAAUGGAACCCAGAUCCCGUCAUGCAGUUAAGACACCCAUCUCCCCAUCCCGCAGCGCCAGUAAAAAAGAACAUGUAAACAUAAAUUGACUAUUAUGAUUAUUGAAAAAUUAAGUAGUACUAUGGGCGCCCGCCAGGCAUCCCCAUCACAGCGAAACGGGAGGGUUGUUUUUUUUUUUUUUUUUUUUCAGAGAAGUGUAGACGGAGCGUGUUGCCCCACAACUCUGGAGAACAUCCAAAUCCCGUUUAACCCUGCAUUUUUUACUGCCUUUCGACAUCUUUUCUGCACCGCCCCCUCCCCUUUCCAUUUCAUUUCUGCAAAGCCUCCAGUCCCUCUGCUGGUGGCGCCAAGCCCUGGUGAACGAGGGGCGAGUGCACUUAAUGUUGAACAGUAUGGAAAUAGGCGCUGAGUCAAUCUCACCAAAGCAGUGGGAACUCGACCCUAAACAUCAGCGUGCCCAGAACCCUAACGCACGCAAGGCUCCCGUCCCUAGCGGCAGCCCGUGGGCGUCCCAGCCCUGGCGGCUGGCCGAGUGUCUCACUGUCCCGAGGUCACAGCGUAGUCGGGAGUGUUCGGGGCCCUCUCUCGGAACGGAAUCAAGCCGGCAGUGGGCACAGGUUUGACCCGCAGCCACAGCCAGACUGAGGACGCGCCUCACCAACCACGACUCAAGAAGCCGCCUCCCGGCACGCCCGCCGCGGCUCAUGGUUCCCAGAAACGUCACUUCCGGUCUGAACCCUACGCAGCCACCGGAGCUCCUGCCCCACCUCAGAUCUUCCGGACUCCGGCAGUUACCCUAAGCCCGAACAUUCGGCCGGCUUGUGUGGAGAAAGCAUCGGGGCGGGAAUUCCCUCUUAUGCCUUGGGAUGCAUCUGCUCAAACUCUUCAGGCCCCUCAGGCAGACAUGGGAGAGCUCUGCCAAUAAGAAGGGCAGCACAGGACCAGGACCGGCCCAUGGACCCUCCUCAAGACAACACGGUGGGACUGGCAGGGAUGCCCUCCUAAGCCGCCAAGGGCCUGGGCACACUGUCCUCCGGGAAGAGCCAUGCUAUUAAGGAGGGGCAGAGGUGGCUGCCAGCAUUGGCCUGGCUCCCUAGACCUGCUCAGAGCUGUCCUGCUGCUCGCCGGCCUGCUAUGGGGUGCCCGUGGCAGCACAGCCCUGGGCCACACCAUGCCACUGACCGAGGGCCGCUACCUGAGCAUUGGGGACGGCUCUGUGAUGGAGUUCGAGUUCCCCGAGGAGAGCGAGGGCAUCAUUGUGAUCUCGAGCCAGUACCCGGGCCAGGCCAAUGGGACAGGGCUUGGCCCCACACUGCGGGUCACAUCCCUGGACACAGAGGUGCUGACCAUCAAGAAUGUGAGUGCCAUUAACUGGGGCAGUGGGGGUGGCUUUGUGGUAAGCAUCCACUCUGGCCUGGCCGGGCUGGCCCCGCUCCACAUUCAGCUCGUGGACCCGCACAAGGCGCCCCCCACACUGAUUGAGGAGCGGAGAGAUUUCUGCAUCAAGGUCUCACCUGCUGAAGAUGCCCCGGCCACCCUUGGCGCUGAGCAGGCUCACUUCUCGGAGAACCCAAUACUCUACCUGCUCUUGCCGCUUAUCUUCGUGAACAAGUGUUCAUUUGGCUGCAAAGUGGAACUGGAGGUUCUGAAGGGGCUCAUGCAGAGCCCCCAGCCCGUGCUGCUGGGCCUCCUGGGCCAGUUUCUGGUCAUGCCCUUCUACGCGUUCCUGAUGGCCAAAGUCUUCAUGCUGCCCAAGGCCCUGGCUCUGGGCCUCAUCAUCACCUGCUCAUCUCCUGGCGGUGGGGGAAGCUACCUCUUCAGCCUCCUUCUCGGAGGCGAUGUCACCUUGGCCAUCUCCAUGACUUUCAUAUCAACGGUGGCCGCCACUGGUUUCCUGCCGCUGUCCUCAGCCAUCUACAGCCACCUGCUCAGCAUCCAUGAAACACUCCAUGUGCCCAUGUCCAAGAUCCUGGGUACCCUGCUGUUCAUCGCCAUCCCCAUAGCAGCAGGUGUGGUGAUCAAGUCCAAGCUCCCCAAGUUCUCCCAGCUGCUGCUGCAGGUCAUCAAGCCCUUCAGCUUUGUGCUGCUGCUGGGGGGCCUCUUCCUGGCCUAUCGCAUGGGGGUCUUCAUCCUGGCAGGUGUCAGGCUACCCAUCGUACUGGUGGGCCUCACAGUGCCGCUGGUUGGCCUCUUGGUGGGCUACUGCCUGGCCACAUGUAUGAAGCUGCCGGUGGCCCAGCGGCGGACAGUCAGCAUUGAGGUAGGGGUGCAAAACAGCCUGCUAGCCCUGGCCAUGCUGCAGCUGUCCCUCCGCCGCCUGCAAGCCGACUAUGCCUCCCAGGCCCCCUUUAUCGUGGCGCUGAGUGGCACCUCCGAGAUGUUAGCCUUGGUCAUUGGCCACUUCAUCUACAGCAGCCUGUCCUCAGUGACUUGAGGCUCCUGGGUCAAGCUUUGUUCACCCCCAGCCCCUGUACUCCACCAUCCCCACUGUUCUUGUGUACCAAAGGCCUUUAGUUCUCAUGCACUAUGCACUCUGAAAAAUCCAGGCUUAUUUUUUUUACUGAUUUUUUUAUUCUCCAGCUUUCAGUGCCAAAGAGGCCAUGCUGAAUUAGGUAGAUGGGCACUGCCCAGAAAAUAUAUUUCAAUAAAAGAGAGAAACGA